AUGACUCGAGCACUCAACGCCAAGAACAAACUUAGUUUUGUCGAUGGCUCUCUUCCCACUCCUGAUUCGAACUCUCCUGAAUACAAACAAUGGAACCAAACCAAGGACAUGGUUCUUACCUGGAUUUUAAACUCCAUUAGUCCAUCUCUAGCCAACUCCCUUGAAUACCACACCAAUCCACGAGAAGUUUGGAUUGACCUUCAAUCUCGUUUCAGCCACGGCAAUAAUGCCCGUCUCUAUCACCUCAAACGUGAGCUUUCCUCUCUGCAACAAAACACCACCUCUAUCCAUGAGUAUUACAACCAUAUCAAACAAAUAUGGGAUGAAUUAAGCCAUCUUCAAAACAACACUGACCUCAAGGAUUUGCAAAAACAAGUAGACGAUGAACGCGUCUUCCAGUUUCUUCUUGGCCUAAAUGAUUCUUUUGCCCAACUCAGAACCCAAAUCCUAGCUAUGGAACCCCUCCCCCACAUUACAAAAGUUUUUUCUAUCUUAUUUCAGGAAGAGCAGCAGCGCCUCCUGCACAUCCGCCCACUGCCGACAGAAUCCAUGGCCUUUGCAGCAGCCAACUCCGGCACCACCCGAAGUCAUCUCCGUUGCACUGAAUGUGGUAAAACGGGUCACACCCGUGACCGAUGCUGGAGAGUUAUUGGUUACCCAUCAGGCCGCGACCCACGCUCCAAGCCACGCCCAUAUCUGCUCGGCAAACCACCGUCUGGUUUGGCUCUAGUCGCAAAUCAAGCCUCUUUCUCCUCAGACCCUUCGCCAGUACCGGGAUUAACGCCGGAGCUCUACCAAAAAUUGCUGGACUUGCUCACCCCGACACCCUCUUCCUCCAAUUUUGUCGGACCCACAGUCGACGAGGCUGAUUGGAGUGGGUGAUUUUUGCAAUGGACUUUAUGUGUACCGGUCCAACAAUGUUC